AUGGGAAGUCUACUUUGCUCUAGAGUCGAAAAUGCAUUCCUUGGGAUCUUCAGACGCAGCAAGAGGCUUCAGGUAGAAAAACCAGCAAGAAGUGGACUUGGACUUGGAGUCGAAACAGCAGCAGGAACGGGUGGUACCGGAGUCGAGGUUGAUGCCAACCCAGACCUUGAGACCUUCCCGCUUAGCCAAUUGAAGCGUGCCACAAGGAACUUCUCGCAUGGGAACAUUGUUGGGGAAGGAGAAUUCGCAGUCGUAUACAAAGGUCGGAUGGAUGACAAAUUCGUUGCUGUAAAGACAUGGAAGCUAAACACCAACCAAGGGUUACAGGAGUGGGUGAACGAGAUGAACGUUUUGCGGAAGCUGUCGCAUCCCAACCUCAUCAGGCUGCUGGGCUACUGCAAGGAAGAGAACGCCGCGUUCCAUCUCGUCUACGAGUUCAUGGCUAACGGGAGCUUACAGGAUCAUCUUCUUGAGAAAGGGAAGCCACCCCUCUCGUGGAAGCUGAGAAUUAAAAUAGCAAUCGGUGCUGCUCGAUGUCUUCGUUUUCUACAUAAAUCGAACAAGCGCAUCAUCCAUCGGGACGUGAAGCCCUCGGUCAUCCUGCUUGACUCCGACUUCAACCCAAAGCUAUCCGGCUUGGGUUGGUCAUUGUCAUUGAAGGGCCGGACCGGUAAGCGGGGUCGUGUCUCAACGCAUGUCUUGGGCACACCUGGAUAUUUGGACCCCCAGUGCAACACCACUGGUCAUCUGGACGCGAAGACGGACGUGUAUGCAUUCGGGAUGGUGUUGCUGCAGAUGCUCACUGGUCGGAAGGUGUUCGAUCCUGAUCGACCGUGCGCUGAACGCCACUUGGCACAGUUCGCCAAGCCUCAUCUCUCAUCGGAUGCCAAAGAGCUAGCGAGUCUAAUGGACCCAAAACUCAAUGGGGAGUAUCCUUCGGCGGCCGCUUCUCGACUGGCCCGAAUCAUCGAAGCAUGUAUCGAGAAGGAGCAUAAGCUCCGACCAACCAUGAACGAUGUUGUGAAAGCCCUCGAGAAGAUUGACGCCAUAAGGAUAGGAGGAGAUUAGAAGCUGUUCAUAAUUCUGUUAAUAUUCUGUAA